AUGAUAUUCUUUAUUCUCUCUGGCAUUCUGGACGCUCGACACAGUUGGCAAGAUUCAGGCCAACUUGGAAGUAACGACAAACGAACAAUCAUCCAAUCACCAGUUGUGCUACGAGAAGCGCACACCCACAAUGCAAUUCGCGAAGAUUCCGAUCAAAUGGAAGGGAUCGUGUUUUCUAGCAGAUCAUUGUCCCAGUCAGAAGGCGUCAACUUGCAAGUCUUGAGGCAUCCUGUCGCUGCACCCUGCUCUGCGUUUCCAGGCGACACGACCUUCCUUGAUCCACUGAAUGAGCCUCUUCGAUGCAGAAUAGCAUGGCAGAUUUGCGAUGGUGAGAAAACGGUGUAUGCUGCCAUGAAAUGUUAA